AUGUGCUCUGUCACUAUUGAGCAGUUUCUGUCGGCUUGUGAAGCGUGGAAUCUGGAGGAGGUACACCACGCAGUGGAAUCUGGAUUUCAUGUUGAUACAUUUGAUGAUGAUCACGUUAAUGGGUUACAGAUGGCUGCCGCUACGGGAAAUAUCGGCAUUGUGCAGUACUUGCUCGAUCGAGGGGCAGAUAUUGAAAAAACAAAUCAAGUGGGCAUGACAGCUUUGCACCACGCAGCAAGAAAUGGACAUUCUAAUAUCAUUCGAGUGCUCGUUCAACGCGGUGCGAACUUCCAAAAACUAACCUAUCUUGGCGCAUCUGCUUUAACCUUAGCAUCUGGAAAUGGACGCACAGAAGUGGUUAAGCUUCUACUUAAUUUACGUGUGAACAUCAAUCCUUCGCAUACGGCGCUUUGCCCAACUCCAUUAAUAGCUGCUUCUUUUCGGAAACACACUCACAUAUGUGCACUAUUAGCUCACAGAGGAGCUUAUUUGGAUGCAAAUAUCCAACGGCUUUCCAAUCUUUCUGCUCUCUCAGCUGCAAUAUCAUGUGGUGCAACGACAGUUGUUGCUGCAUUGCUUGAACUUGGUGCAAAUUCAUCAUAUCGCUCUUUGAAUGGUCUAACAGCUAGUCAACUUGCGCAAUAUUUAAAAAGGAAUGAGAUUUUACCGAUUAUUAACUUAACUGUUGGAACUGCCAAGAAAAAUGAAGAACCGAUCGAAAUUGAUAUACGGCAACUUAUUUAUGAGAAAGAUGAAAAUGCUCUGCGAACACUGCUCAUUAAACGUUUGCCGUACAUUGUACUACCAGAGAAUACUACACCAUUAAUGUAUGCUGUAUUAAUGGCUGAUAUUAGUGUCGUAAAAGCAAUCUACGAGUCGGGUUUUACUGAUGUCAAUGCUGCAGAAAGCGUUUCUGGACUUACAGCUAUGAUGUUUGCUGCCAUCGUUGGAGAUUAUGAAGUUAUGGAUUAUUUCGUAAGAAUUGGUGCUGAUAUUUCAUUAAUGUCUGUUGAUGGAUUUACAGCCGUCGAUUAUGCUUUUGCAUCAGGAAAUAUCAAUGCAGAUUUGCUCUGCUUGCUACAAGAACGACUGGAAUUUGGAACAAAUUUUCCGCUGCAUAUUGAUGUUCAUGUUCAUCAUCAUCAGCAUCAACAUUUCAGUCGUGUGAUCCAUAACAGAGAAGCAAAUCUCCACGUUGGCUUUGUAACAAAUUCAACAGAUUGCCUGGAUAGUAAGGGAAAGCCAGACUUCAGUAAGGCUCAUUUGGCCAGACUAGUGAGAAUUCAUCAGUAUGGUGGCCAAGAUUUUAUUUUGGCCCAUGAUAUCUUAAGGUCGAUUGGGAAGGAUAAAGUGGAAAGUGACGAUCAUUUGCACUGCUAUAUUAAAACUGCUAGAUAUGUUGCUGAAAUUUGUGCCAGUCAAGGAUUUCUCAAUUUACCAGUGGUUUCCUCUUUUGAGAAUAACAUUUCAGACAACUUGACCAAAUAUACACCAUCUCCAGAUAAUGCAUUGUCUGCAUGUACCACUAUUAAUCAAAAACCCCGGGACUUUUUGUCUACUGCUCAAAUGAAUGCACAUUUGUAUUAUGAAUGUCGUUUUCCAAAUCGGAAUUCAGGUGGGAUGAAAACAGUUCAAACACAACGUCUUUAUGAUUAUGACAGUAGACGAGAAGUGAGCUCUUCAGCGUCAGCUUCUGAUUAUUCACCGUCUAUGCGUUUACGUUAUUACUCGUCACUUGAACGUGCUUCUACAUAUACACUUGGUACCAUGCCACGAUAUCGUAGUAAAUCACGUGAAACUAUUAAAUGUAAGGAUCUCUACGAUGAUGAUGAUGGCCGCAGUUCGCCAUCACGUUUAUCCCUAAAUCAGUACACGUUUUCAAUCAAAGAUGGUGAACGCCUAAAGAAGAGUGCUUCAACGCCAACGCUUGACGUACUCAAUCGUCAAUUUUCCUUCAGCCGUGCGAAACAAAUAAAAGAGAUGGGACGGAAUCCGCGAAAAACAUCAGAAGCAAAAGUUGCCACCUGUGACUCGUAUUGUCAUCACCGGAAACAAAAUAUUACGGAAGAUCUAAUAUGGAAAAAGCUAACUGAAGAAGGUCUUGAUAAUUAUGUAAAUUUGCUGAAAGAUGAAGAAGUUGAUCAAGCAACUUUCUUAGCUUUGACAGAUAAUGAUCUCAUCGAUCUUGGUAUUUCCAAUGCAAUGCAUCGAAAGACUGUGCUGAAAAUUGCUAAAAGUUUCCAGUGUUAA